CAACCUCAACACUUUUUCCAUCAAAGAAACUCUCCCAAAAGAAAACUAUUAUAAAUCCUAAACAAUGUCUCCAUCCUCCCCACUAAAAGGCAUCGUUUCAGUCUCUGUAUUGGCCUUAGCCAUACAACUUCUCUUUAUACAAAGCGUUUCGUCCCAAAGCCAAAACAAUGCGUUUCUAUACCACAAGUGCUCUGACAUUGAAGGGAACUUCACGUCGAAGAGUCCGUACGAGUCAAACCUCGACAGUCUCUUUCGUCGUAUCUCUUACAGAGUUCCAUCCUCCGGUUUCGCCGCCUCCUCCGCUGGUAAUAGUCCAGACAACGUCAACGGAUUGGCCCUUUGCCGCGGCGAUGCCUCUUCCUCUGACUGUGGCUCCUGUCUCGCGACCGCCAUCCCUGAGUUACGUCAGAGAUGUCCCAACAACAAAGCAGGGAUAAUAUGGUACGACAACUGUCUAGUCAAGUAUUCCUCAACCAAUUUCUUCGGAAAGAUCGAUUACGAGAACAGAUUCUAUUUGUACAACGUCAACAACGUGAGCGAUCCUGCAUCCUUUAACACGCAGACAAAGGCUCUAUUAACUGAGCUAACGCAGAAAGCGACUACUGGAGACAACCAGAAGCUGUUUGCGACAGGGGAGAAGAAUCUGGAGAAGAAGAAGCUAUACGGACUGGUGCAGUGUACAAGGGACUUGAGGAGAGAGAGUUGCAAGGCGUGUUUGGAUGGGAUUAUUGGGGAGCUUCCUAAUUGCUGCGACGGUAAAGAAGGAGGGAGAGUUGUAGGUGGGAGUUGUAACUUUCGGUAUGAAAUUUACCCUUUUGUUAAGAUUGCUUGAUUAGAGGUCCAAAAUAAAAGUGUUCCUGAGCCAAACGUACUGUCUUAAUUUAUUAUUGAAGCUAAUGGGAUAUGUAUAGAAAUGUAUUAUGUUUUGCUGUUUAACAAUGUGUUGAGCCAAUAAAAUGUAAGUCUCUUCUUAGUAUAUAUAUAUACUGAA